AUGGCUUUCCAAAUUGAAUCUGCCCAAAAAUGGAAAUUUGAUGUAUUCUUUAAUUUUAGACUGCAAGACUUGGACAAAAGCUUUGUUGCUGAUCUUUACCAACGUCUGAAAGACAUAGGAACCAAUGCAUUCAAACCCGAUGUCAACUCUGAAUGGGGAGAACAAAUUUCAACAGAAAUCUUAGAAGCCAUCGAGGAAUCAAGGAUUGCCAUUACCAUCUUUUCCAAGGACUAUACUUCAUCCCCACGGUGCUUGGAAGAACUCACUAAGAUCAUGGGGUGCGUUGACAACAAGGGACAGGAAUUCUUCUCUGUCUACUAUAAAUGUGAGCCAUUAGAUUGCUUAAGGUCAAUAGUCAACUUUGGGGCAGAUCUCAAGGGUUCUGAUUUGAGGAAGGUGCAGAGGUGGAAGGACGCUCUCCGUAAAGCAGAUGACAUGGAAGGAUCAUGA